ACCAUGUGGACACGACGCGAACAUCGAAGAUACAGAAUUGUCGAAGUUUGACAAUUGGAAAGACAUUUCUGUUGCAUUUUUUGACCGUUCAGCUCUAUUAUUUCAAAAUGAAUAUACGCUGUGCUACUCCAGAAGACUUGAUGAAUAUGCAGCACUGUAAUUUGCUGUGUCUACCUGAAAAUUAUCAAAUGAAAUAUUACUUUUAUCACGGACUGUCAUGGCCUCAACUCUCAUAUGUUGCUGAAGAUGAGAAGGGGAAGAUUGUUGGUUAUGUUCUAGCUAAGAUGGAAGAGGAAUCAGAUGAAGCAGCUCAUGGUCAUAUAACAUCUCUUGCUGUAAAACGUUCACAUAGACGGCUUGGUUUGGCUCAAAAACUGAUGGAACAGGCAUCAAGAGCUAUGGUUGAAUGUUUCAAUGCAAAAUAUGUAUCACUUCAUGUAAGGAAAAGUAACAGAGCAGCUCUACAUCUUUAUACUAACACAUUGAAGUUCAAUAUCUAUGAUAUAGAGCCAAAAUACUACGCUGAUGGAGAGGAUGCUUUUGCUAUGCGACGAGACUUGAGUGAAUUCACCACUGAACUAACCAAAUCCAUUGCUGCUGUAAAAAUUCAAUAAACAUCAAAUAUGACACUUGCAAGAUAUUUUGAUAAAUUAUCAUUUGUUGUUGUUGUAAUUCUAAAUCAAUCAAAACUGCUACUACAGUGAUAAUACUUGUUUGGUAUUUUUCAUAAGAAACAAUAAGUUAUUAACAAAACCUUGGGUGCGUAAUGUGACCCAAAUAACGUGGAAUUUCAAAUCAAACAUUUUAGAAUUGUAGCUAUAUUACUAGGCCAAUAUUAUUAUUAACUGUUUUAUACAGCAUGCUUUCUUAUGGACCAAUUAAUCAGGUGGUGCCAUUCUCACUAUGUCAUUUUCAUGACAUUAGGAAUGUAAAUACAUUUCUGAAUAUUUUAAUGGAAAUUAUGACACUAAUGUGACAUAAACAGCAGUUCACAAGUGAUCAGAAGUUGUACCACUAUCAGACCUGCAAAUAAUUAUUUUGCUUGGAAGGACAAAUGUGAGGCCAAGACAAAAUAUAGUCGGACAUUCAUCAGCUUUUCUCAGACAAUGGACAAAGUAAAAUGUUUUGUAUCUUUUUUAGCAAGAUGUAUUUCGGCUGGUCAUGUUAAUCUGCUAUAACUGAGUAUAAUAUCUACCUAAUAUAUCUUCCUAUACCAUCCUAAUGCACCAGUAAAUUACCAUGGUGAACUCAAGUUAUACUUCUACCAUGUUAUACUGUACGAAGGUGAUUUAGAUUUUAUAUUGGUAAUUAAAUCUUACUGCAGCAAAAAA